AUGAAGAGAACCAAGACUCGCUCCGAAGUAACGAUAUCUCCUAAGGGCUCUUACAUUUUCAAAGAGGAUCCAACUGAAUACAUCCCACCGCUUGACGAACUUAUGGUACAUGUAAUGAGCAUAAGGCUUCCAGAUGAGCAUUCAACACGAUUCACUAUAAAAAUAUCUUUCUUCGACCAGCUUUUACUCACAGGAGUUGUACGAUCAAUCGGAGCUAGAGAUGUUGGAAAAGAAAAAGCCUUAAUUACAGGAUCCAUGAAUUAUGAUCCUUCGGACUAUGAGAAAAUGUGUAUGUUUGCCGACUGUCCAUUAGUGGUACAUAUUCAACCAAUAAAAGAAGUGGAACAAACCAGAGCAUCGCAAAGCCUGAUAUCCAAUAAAUCUGGCUCGUUCGAGAAGUCUGUGCCAGAAAUAAGCUGUUGUAAUGUAGAUAUUCUUCCUUUGUUUAUAGAUUUGGACAAAAUGUGUGUUCGAAAACGAAUGGAACCAAUGUUUGAACCAAAAGCCUUAUUGCGAAAAAGUUGGGACAAUUUACCUUUGGUCACUCUGGAGUUGUCUGUGAAAAGAAAUUCGUUGAACGCAAAACACCAUGUCAUGCUAAAGAAAGCAAACUAUAUGAAAUUCACAGUGGUGGCAUCUUACAAUAUGAUUGAACCUUAUAACAACGAAUUUGUCUACACUGCUGCCACGAAAAUGCCUUUAUGUAAUGAAACUAAUACCACAGUCAUGACUUUUGAUCAAGGUUACAGUUUUCCUAAGAAUUUCCGAGAUAAAUGUUUUUAUCCGAAAUGGGAAAAUCUUAGACACAAUGACGAUGCUUUCACCAGAGGAGACGAAAAAGUGCUCUAUGAUCUUGAUCACUUGCAAAAUGAGAACAAUAUUGAUCUACGUUACUACAUGAAUAAUUUUCGACAUUGCUACACAACGGUAUGGGGAUCGUUUCACAGGACCCUAAUCUUGCAGAAAAGUCAAUGGCUUUACGAUCAUUUACGAUCUUACAAAUGGCCUUUCGAAAUUCAUAUGGUUGGAGAACAAAAAAGUCUAGAGUUUAUGGCUCAUUUCAAUCUGUUCAAACUUCUUUAUCCGGGGGAGUCCUAUGUUUGUCUAGCUGUUCCAUUGAAUUGGAUUAAUAGCCAAGCAAUGGCUCAACAGUGUGGCUGUGAAUUAUUACUCUCAUCUGCUGAUAAUGCGCCUUCAACUUCUGGCAGUGGACAAAAACCUACUAGCAAAACCGCAAACAGCAAGGAGUCAGGUGCUUUAAGCACAAGCACUGACACCGAGUCAGUGUUCUUCCGAUCCACAGGAGCUGAUGGUAACACCGCCUUUGUGAUCGUCGAGGUGAAGUUAGCCAGACCACUGAAGAAACCCGCAAUUCCACCAUUCAUUAGCCAUUCGGAAAUAGCAGAGAUGUUGACCGGCGUCGAAGCUGGAGUCAACAGACGCGAGUGCAUUGGCCGUGGUCAGUUGGACCGGGAGUGGCUCUCCACUUUGAAGACUGCUGUGGCAUCCCUUAACAAAGUACCACAUUACGGCAUGACAGAAUUUUGUAAUUUUAAUCGUCAACUAAGUGAAACACGCACUAGAGUUGAACUUUUAACAUCAUUCACAAAUGAUGCCGCUAUGUAUGUUAACAAUAAUUUCGUUGUCCAAGAUUUCCUUCGAUCUGAUGAAAUCUUUGAGGAAAUGCUGCUAAUGUCCCACGCCUGUCUCAUGAGGAUCACCUGUCAAAUGCUGGUGGAAGUAAAUACCCUCACUAUAGACCCAACGCUGAGAGCGGCGAGACAUGCGCGACAAAUGCAAGACGUGGCUCACGCCAAGCUGCUUUACUUGCAGCUAGUUAUAAAGAAAUCCCGCGACGCUGAUUAUUGGCGGGAACUCUCCACUUGCCUCAUGGACAUCAACAGAGACUGGGGCGACGUUUGCCUUACAAAGUCUUUACAGCUCAACUUCAGGCAUCCUAUAACUCUCCUUGCAAAAGGUUGCAUGGUAUACGACUCGGAUCCUGACGCAGCCGAGGUUUUCUUCGGCGCUAUACUAGCGCUGUACCCGUUCUGGACCGCAGGAUGGGUCGUCAUCAGCUCGUACUACUUCGAGCAGCAGCUUUAUUAUAUGGCUGAUGCUAUUAAAGAUAACAUGAAGAAAACCAAGUCUGCAGGGCUGGUUCAGUAUGACCAAAUAGCUCAGCCUCGUUGCUGGGGCCACGAGCUGGGUGACUGGUGGGAAAGUACUCCAUUGCUGCCUGGAAUGAGCGUGUAUUAUGAUGCUGCUGAUCUGCUCUUGAGACUGCGAGCCUUCACGUUGGCAGAUGUAUGCGUGGCAAGAGCGCUGGCAGAAGCUGGUGAAUCCACCGCUUACUACCACUUGGUGACGCUGUGCUGCAGGCUCCGCGGAGACAUUGAUCAAGCUAUUUGCCAUGCGACGAAAGGAUUGGAGAAAUUUGGAGAGAUUGGGUACCUUCGGGCGUUAGAAGCGGAAUGUCUUCAUAAAAACAAUGUAUUCGAACUUGCUGCAGCAUCUUUUGAGAAAUCAGGCUGUAGCGUAGGAGCGUAUAGCACAUUGUUAGGACUACCAACGAAGGAACCUCAGCGCGUACGGUCUACUCUGGUGGAUCUCAUACGCCGCCAACCUAAUGCCUAUGCGUGGAUGGCACUCGCCGAUGAUUGGAUGAAGCGGGCAGCAAUGGGUGAAGGCGGUGACGGGGACGUGACUGACGAGCAGACCUCGGCCAAGGUGUGCGCUGCGGCAUGUGCGGUACAAGCCCUGAAGUGGGACAGACUCGCUGGAAGAGCAUGGGCCUUGCUGUCGGCACUCGUGACGCCAAGCGCGAGACGGAUGUAUUGCAGAGAUAUGGCAAAGAUUUGUGGUUACGAAUUUGACGAUAACAAGAGGAAAUUCAAUUCGCCAUCGGAACAGUCUCUUUGUCACCGCCUCGGUACAGCCCUACGUGAAUGUCGCUGUGUAAAAUGCGACUCCAUCAAACUUUGA